AUGGACAGCCGCAGAAUACCCAAGGAAAUACCUGAACAAGUACCACUAGAAUUACCUAAACAACGGCGAUCUCAAAAACAUCAAUUGAACUAUACUCAGAAGAUCAACAACAAUACUUCUAAAAUUCCAAUAAAAGAUAGACAAGUAUCUACACCAAUUGAAAUAAUCGAUGACAAAGUUUAUGGGUCGGUAAAGAAAUCUUCAAUCCCAAGAAUCACAUCAUCCCCUUUACAUUCUGGCUCAAUAAUAAAUGAAGGAUCAACUCCAAUAAUUCAAAAUUAUAAUACACCUCAAAAAUUUAAUUCAAAUACUCCUCCCUCCACUAUAACUAAAUUAUCAAAUCAAUUAUCUUCAUUAACCCUUGAUACCCCUUUAAAACCAAGGAAUUCUAACCCCAAUAAUUCAUUAUCAUCCAAAAUUGGUCCUCAGGGAAUAUCUCCAAUCUCAUUAUAUACAUCAUCAACAACAACUUCAACAAAUUCAACCCCAAUAACUAAUCACAAGAUGGAAACACAUUCACCAGGUAUAGGUAAAACCAUUAAUUCAACUCCAUCUCCUCAACAAUUAGGUAAUAGAACUUCAUUACUUUUGAAAAAAAGACUUGAAGCUUCUUCAUCUCCAGUAAAGAAUAAAAUAAAAUCUUCACCAAUAAAGAGAAAUUCUUCAUUUGAGCCAAAAUUAAAAUCUUAUUCAACUAGAUCUAUAAGUUUAGAUCAUACAAAUCACUUGAAGUCAAAUAAUGUAUCAAAUAAUACAUCAAAGAAUCCAUUAAAAAAUUCAUCAAAUUUAUCACCAUUAAAAGAAAAUUCUAAAUCAAAUUCUUCAAAUUUAUUUUCAAGAUUAACUCGUUCUACUGCAUCAGCUGAUCUAAAAGCAAAUAAUAAUAGUAAUAAACUAUCAAAAUCUACAACUUAUUCAAAUUUAUCACAAAAUAAUUCAAAUCCAAAAAAUCUUAAUAAAAUACGAAGUGUUUCAAAUCAAAAAUUUAAUGGAUAUUCAAGAUAUCCAUCAAUAAAUAAUCAACAAGAACAGAUUUCAUCUCAAGAAAAUAAAGAAAAUCAAAAAUUAUUCAUAAGGAAAAGACAAGAUUCAAUUCCAAAAAUUCCAAAUAAUUUUAGAAAAUCAUUUAGUGUUAAUACUGAUUUAAAUCAUAUUAAUCAACCACAAAAUGAAUUUAAAAAUCAAUUAAAACCACCUUUAACAACUUCUAAAAGAAUAAUAUCAUCAAGAAAACCUCAAUUGACAAAUAAACCACCAAUUUUCAAAAGAAUAUCCACAAUUCAAGAAUUAUCAAAUUGUUUAUAUAAUUUUGACAAGACAAAAAAUUUAUUAAUGAAUAAUAAUGAUCAAAUAACUAAAAAUUCUUCAAUUAUUGAUUUCAAUUCAUUAUCUUCAUAUGAAAAAGCUGAAUUAUCCAAAAUUGGUAAAGUUUAUUAUAUAAAUAAAUCCAAAACUUCAAAACCUUUAAUAAGGUCCAAAAUCCCAAUAUUGACAAAUUCUUCAUUUAAUAAAAAUUUUGGGUUUGAUGAUUUAGAUAAAAAUUUAAUUCUGGAUAAAAAUGAUCAUCUACAAUAUCGUUAUCAAAUCUUAGGUUCAUUAGGGAAAGGUUCAUUUGGGAAUGUUGUUAAAUGUUUUGAUCAUAAAAGUGGUAAAAUCUUAUCAAUAAAAAUCAUGAAGAAUGAUUUAGAAUUAUCAUUACAAUGUAUUAAUGAAAUUAAAGUUUUGAAAAAAUUAAUACCCAAUAAGCAAAGUUUAAAUUAUUUUGGUCAUUUUAAUUUUAGAUCACAUAUUUGUAUCAUAACUGAAUUAUUAAGUGUAAAUCUUUAUGAUUGUUUAGAAUCAACAAAUUUUAAAUCAUUUGAAUUAAAUAUUUUACAAAAAUGGUCUAAAGAUAUCUUGCAAGGUUUGAAAUUUUUACAUCAACAGGGGAUAAUUCAUGCUGAUUUAAAACCAGAAAAUAUAAUGCUUAUAUCAACAAAUUCCCUUGAUUUGAAAAUUAUUGAUUUUGGUACUUCUUGCUCCAUUGGUGAUGUUUCUUAUCCUUAUAUUCAAUCAAGGUUUUAUAGAUCACCAGAAAUUGUAUUAGGUUGUAGAUAUAAUGAAAAAAUUGAUAUUUGGUCAUUUGCAGUUAUGAUUUGGGAAUUAUAUAUGGGGAAUCCAAUGUUUCCAGCAAAAGAUGAACUUGAUUUAUUAAAUUUAAUUAUAAAAACUAUGGGAUCUCCAGAUUCAAGAUUAAUUUUGAGAUAUAGGUAUGAAUUAAAUAAAUUUGGUUCUGUUAAUAAAAGAAAAAAUUUGAAAUUUAUUGAUUUAAAAGCUUUAAUUUUUACAAAAUUUGAUGAUGAUGGGAACUUUAUUGAUUAUGAUAAUAUUAUUAAUGAUAAUACAAAGAUUAAGGCACCUUUUUUAACUAAGCAUGAAACUUUCAAUGAUUUUUUAAUGAAGGCUUUAAAUUGGGAUAUUGAAGAAAGGUAUUCAGCUGAUGAAUUAUUAAACCAUGAUUUUUUACAAUUGAAUUUAUAG